AUGGCCUCAAUGCGACGCCGCUUUAGAGUUCAAAAUAAGAACAUCUUCCUCACAUAUCCCAGAUGUUCUUUACCUAAAGAGAGGUUUUUAGAGAAAAUAAGAGAGUUGUUCACUAACAGGCCACCAAAUUAUGUGAGGGUUGCGCAUGAAUUGCACGAGGACGGUGAACCACAUCUACAUGCGCUCGUCCAAUUUCCAUAUCGUUUUCAGACACAGGAUAAAUGGUUCUUCGACGUUACUCACGAUCACACUAAUCGCCAUUUCCAUCAAAAUAUACAAGGCGCCAACAAUCAUCAGGCUGUGCUGGAAUACAUUUCCAAAUACGGGGAUUUCACAGAAUGGGGUGACUUCCGUCAGAGGGGCCGCUGCGCUAAUCAGGAAAACAACGACAAUAUAUACCAUGAGGCUCUUGCAGCCGGAAGCAAAGAAGAAGCGUUGGCAUUGGUUAGAAAUGGCCAUCCAAAAUGUUUAUGGUUGAAUUACGACAAGUUGUCAUCCAAUUACGACAAAAUUUCAUUUACUCCACCAUUGCUGUAUGUUCAUCAAUUUAUAGAUACAGUAUGGAUCGUUCCAACAGCCAUACAGCAAUGGGUUACAGAAAAUAUAAGGGACGAAGCCCAAAGACCACACAGGCCCAAGAGGAUUAAAAUUGAAGGCUCAUCUAGAAUUGAGAAAACAUGUUGGGCCUGGUCUUUGAGGCCGCAUAAUUAUUAUUCUGGCCACAUCGAUUUGAGGGACCACAAUGAUGACGCUUUUUACAACAUAAUCGACGAUGUGGCCCCACAAUUUUUGAAACACUGGCGGGAGUUUAUUGGAGCGCAACAGGAAUUUUUUUCAAAUUGUAAAUAUGCCCGCCCAAAAAAAAUAAAGGCAGGAUUCCUAGUAUUAUAUUAUGCAACCCCAGAGCCGACUCUAGUUACAAAGCAUUUCUAG